CUUCCCCCAACUCCAUGUAUAAGCCGGUCGUCGCGUGGUAUACAAAAGUGUGUUAAAGAGACCAAAAGAAACAAGAAAGCUGAAAGCCCUAGUCUCCAUCAUCGUCUUCUAGGGUUCUUCGCGUUUGUCUGAGAAUGGCGGACUCUCCUCGUAGAAGAUCUAGAUCCAGAUCCAGAUCAAGGUCCAGGUCCAGAUCAAGGCCCAGGUCCCCAUCACGUUCCAGGUCAAGGUCUGGAAGUCGUGGCAGGGAGGAUGCGACAAAUCCGGGAAAUACACUCUAUGUGACUGGUCUGUCUACUAGGGUCACAGAAAGGGACCUUGAAGAUCAUUUCUCUAGGGAAGGAAAGGUAAUUUCUUGUCGACUGGUUGUGGAGCCUCGGACACGCAUCUCUCGGGGUUUUGCUUUUGUGACUAUGGACUCAUUAGAGGAUGCUGACCGUUGUGUGAAACAUCUCAAUCAAUCAGUUCUGGAAGGCCGUUACAUAACUGUGGAGAAGUCAAGGAGGAAACGUCCAAGGACACCUACUCCUGGAAACUAUCUUGGAAUGAAGAGCUCCAGGGAGUCUAGCUAUCGUGGUGAUCGUGGUCGAUACCGUGGUGGCUAUGGCCGUGAAGAUUAUGGGUACCGGAGGUCUCCAAGACGCUCACCUUAUCGAGGGGGCCAUGAUUAUUCACCAAGGCGCUCACCUUAUGGUGGUAGGUCGAGAAGAGAACGGUCUAGGUCGCCCCCUUACUCGUCAUAUAGCCCAGAGAGAGGAUAUGGGCGUAGGCCUAAUGUCUAUGCAAGAUAGACAGUUAGCAUGGACUUUGUAUUCCUGCUUAGAGAACAGUUGCAAGAUAGAUACUUUGGCAAAUUAUCAACUCUAUUGUUAUGAAUUUGGUUUACUUGGAAUGUUCGACUAAUAUGGUUAAAUCUGUUUUUAA